GUUCUACACACAUGAUGUUUCCACUCCCACCCCCUCUGCUCUCAGACGAUGAUUUGUGACUCCUGGGACAGUCAGUGUGAGAGGGUAUAGAAGCAGCAGUGGAGCACUUAGCCUUUUUAGGACCACAUGCUUGUGUGUCUCCUUUUUAAGUCUAAUAAAAAUGGCAGGAGCAAUUAUAGAGAACAUGAGCACUAAGAAAUUGGUUUUCUUCGGUUUCUUCAUUCUUGUUUUCCAAGUUUUUUUCAUCAUGGUUGGAGCAUUAUUCGCUCCUAGUCCCACCAGUGCUAUUCGCUACUUGGCCACCAAAUGUAUUGAUUGCCACAGAGCACGCUCCUGGCUUGUGCCGUGGGGAUCAAAUCGGUGCCAACAGAUCAAUAGUUUUGAUGAGCCUCUGGCAAAAACACUGGAUGCCAACGACAUUGUUUUUGCUGUGCACGUACCUCUUCCCAACAAGAAGAUGAGUCCCUGGUUUCACUAUAUGCUUGCUGUUCUACAGUUUGACAUUGCAUUUAAAAUGAUCAAUCAGAUUGAAGAUAAUGUUAUCACCAUUGAUGCUGGCCUUGCAUUCAGGGAUGAUUUGAUAUCUGAGUGGACCACAAAGUUUCACUCAGUGGAGCAAAGGCCACUCAGGUGCAUAUUUGCAGUUUCCAAGACAUAUGAAAAUGAAGGCCGUUUUUAUCACUGUGACCCCAUACCAUUAAUGGAACUGGCAAGUGUGGCCCACAAAUAUUUUUUGAUCAACCUUCGCUUGCCAGUGAACGACACAGUGAAUGUAGGAAUUGGAGAAAUAAAAGACAUCCAUUUAGUGGCCAUACACCAGAAUGGAGGCUUCACUAGAGUGUGGAUCUCCAUGAAGACUGUGUUCAGCCCCUGGAUAUUUGUGGAAACAGUUUGGUACUGGCACAGGAUCAGCCUCAUGGCAAGACAUCCUGUCCUUUUAGAAAAGAUGAUUUUUGCCCUGGGUAUUUCUGUGACGUUCCUGAACAUGCCGGUGGAGUGGCUCUCCCUGGGCUUUGAGUGGACGUGGAUGCUGCUAUUUGAAGAUGCUCAACAGGGCGUCUUCUACUACACACUCUUCUGUUUCUGGAUCAUCUUCUGUGGCGAACACCUUAUGGACCAAAGUCAAAGGAAUCGCCUUUCGGCGUACUGGUGGCAGGUUGGGCUGGUGAUGUUCAGCUCAUCUAUUCUUCUUAUAUUUGACCUGAGUGAAAGGGGGGUUCAUUUGACCAACCCUUUCUACAGUGUUUGGGCAUCAGAAAUUGGGACAAAGGUGGCAAUUACUUUCGUUAUUGUGGCAGGAAUUUCUGUUUGUCUGUAUUUCCUCUCUUUGUGUGGCAUGGUGCGUUGUGUGUUCAGGAACAUUGACGGGAAAAUACACCAACUUCCUGAAAUGCCAGAAGCUAGGCGACUGCAUUAUAAGGGUAUAGUGUUCAGAUUCAAGUUUGUUAUGCUGGCAACUCUAGCAUGUGCAGCAAUGACUGUCAUCUUCUUUAUCUUAAAUCAAGUCAGUGAGGGGCACUGGCACUGGGGAGGCCACACUCUCCAAGUCCACAGUGCUUUUCUCACAGGGACCUAUGGCAUGUGGAACCUGUAUGUUUUCACCGUUAUCUUCCUCUAUGCGCCCUCCCACCAUUACAACAAAAACAAGUUAGGAGAUGGUCAACAAACAGAUGUGCUUGAGAAGGCAGAAAGCCAAGAGAGCCCGCAGACAUGUGGAGAGCAGGGGCCGACUGAGACCUACAGGAUCACUGGGAAGGUGGCCGAGGAAUAACUGCCAGACAAUCUUCUUUUCUUGUCGUUUUAUUUUAUUAUACUGUAUGUACUAUGCUUUUGUUUCUGAAAAGAUUUUAACCACAAACACUGCAGGACUGUCUAGAAUAAUAACACUUUAUGACUUGAGAUGUAGAUGAUAGAUUAGCAAUGCAACUUCUAAGGCCUCUAUGUUUACUCAGAAGCAAUUUAAAAGGUGAUUUUGUUUUUGAUUUUUCAACCUGGAGCUUAUUUUGCAAUGCAUUGGUGUCUAAGUAAGCAAUGGGAAUGCACAUCUUUGGAUUAAUGAUGCAUUAAUGUCUAAAUGUUGCAGCUGGGGAAGGUGGGGCUCAUUUU